AUGACUCCUAAGACACCAUGCAGAAUACUCAAUAAAGUAAAGAAGAACCCACGAGUAACAGCUAAAGGCUUGAAGACAUCAUUGGAACGGGCACACAGCUCUGUUCCUGAGUCUACCAUACGCAAGUCUAUGACAGAAAAACUGAAUAGGUGGAAUCUACUAAAGCACAAGUUUGCGGGGAGUUCGCUAAAGUGCAUGGACCGGUAUAAGCAAAUGGAGAAAAAAGCUACUGGAUAUUUCAGAAUAAAUCUGGCGAAAAACUGGACAGAUGCUCAGAGUUACUGCAGACAACAUUACACUGAUCUGGCCAUCGUCCACAACUCUGAAGAGGAGAACCAAGUAUAUGCAGCUGUUGUAGAUUCCUGGCCACAGCUCUGGAUCGGUCUGUACAAGGAAUUUUGGCAGUGGUCUGAUCAGUGGAACUUCACCUUUAGAAACUGGGCAGCAGGACAUCCAUUCAUAAGUUCUGGUGACUGUGCUGCCAUGUCAACAACUGAUUCUGGUAAAUGGGUUCGAUACAGCUGUGACCAACAGUACCCUUUCAUCUGCUAUGGAGAGGACAAGUUAGUUAAAAGACAGACUGUGAGACUGAGCUUGUCCAAUGAUGGAAAUCACAACAUGAAUGAUCCUUCGGUACAGACUGCCAUUCUGAAUGAGAUAAGUGAAAAGCUGAAGAUCAUGGGGCUGAACGGCUUGAAGAGUAUAAGCUGGAAAAAGGAUGAAGUUGGAAAGGUGUUUCAUCUGACUGGCAGACAAACAAAUUUAGAUGAUGUAUGUAAAUAUAUUAGGAACUAAUCAUCAAUGUAUUUCUGUAACUUUAAAACAUACUGUACUCUGAGAAUACUAAAUAAAUUAUGUAUCAUCUUUCAGACGAAAACAAUUUGAGUUAUUAAAAAAAUGUCCUGGCUCUUUCAAGCUUUGUAACCUUAGAAAACAAGAAGCUAAUUAUUAUGGUUUAUACAUUUUUAAAUAUGGAUAUUUUUCUUUUACAAUCGUAUGGAUUACCCUCAAAAGGCCUUUAUUAAUCCACCUGGAGACGUUGAUUACUUUUGUGAAGGAUGUAUGUGCUUUAUUGGGCUUGAACAUCGUGAACCCUGUUUUUUUACCAUAAUAAAGCUUGGAAGAGCCAGGAAAUUUUCUUAAAUAACUCAAUUUGUGUUUAUCUAAAAGAUGAUGGACAUGUAUCUCGGAUGGCUUGAGCUUGAGUAAAUCAUGGGGUAAUUUUCAUUAUUCGCAGGAGUAUCGCUUUGGGCUCUUUAUGAAUGCAAUUUAUUUUGUGUGAAGUAGAUACAAUAAUAUCUUUCUUAUUUGUAAUAGAAAUUUAAUUGACAAUGUUUAUUAAUACAACUUUUAGUUAUUACAAAAUAGAAGUUUAUUUGCUGAUAUUCUGGAGUAUAACAAGAACAGAUCACAGAUGACUGAACUGUUAUAAUUAUUUAUAAACUGUAGAUGCUUAUACAUUAUAUCAGAUUGAACUAACUUUGCCUAACCUGAGAACAGAUUUGAUGCUACCUAUUGGCAGAGUAGGCAAAUGCCUAGUGCCUCAAGCUUGGAGGGGGGCCUCCAUAACCACUAAAUCCAUGUGCGCUAGUCCACCAAUCACUACUGACAGCAAUACACAAAGUUAUAAGGUGAGUUUGACUUUAUGUGGCGCCGUAAUGAGAAUGAUAAGCAGACUCCUCUUUAUGAUUUAUUGAAUCACUUUCGCCUUGAUGUUCUUUGUCUGUCGGUUCUUGCAGCGCAGCAUAAAGUCAAAAAAGCCUAGCCUAUAUGAUGAACAGCAUUCAAAACUCUGCAGCUGACUGACUUUAAAAGUGACAGUGCAGGACAUGAUGCAGGUAUUUUGAAAUGAUUGUAAUUCAUUGUAAAAAUAAACUUGGCUUUGUUCUGUGAAUCAACGUCAUUUCAGUACAUAUCAAACUUGCUGCUGCUGACUCUGUUCAGACACUUUGAAUGAUGUGCACGAUAGCAUC